AUGGCUGCUCCACUUCCAGGUUUAAAUUUAGUUGUAUUUAUGGGUUCCACUCGUAUUAAUCGUUUGGGCACUCCAUUAUUAAAUUUAGUUGUGAAACAAUUGAAAGCGAGAGGACAUAAUGUAACAACAUUAGAUGCGAAAGAAGAGAAGUUUCCAUUACUUGAAAAACCAUAUCAUCAUUAUAAAGGUGGAGAUGAUAAAGCUCCAGCGUGGUUGGAGAAAUGGGCUCAGAUAUUAGGUGCAGCUGAUGGCUAUGUUUUGGUAGCUUGUGAAUAUAAUCAUAGUCCAGGUCCUGGUCUGUUAAAUUUAUUAGAUCAUUUUUGGAGAGCUACGUAUGGUCAUAAGCCUACCUUUAUAUGCUCAUAUUCAGCACAAUCGACUGGUGGUGCUAGAUCAGCCUAUAUAUUAAGAAAUACGUGUGGAGAAUUAGGCAUGAUUACAAUUCCAACU